UGGUUUAAAUAUUUUUGAAACGUGUUUUUUGUUUUCUUGUAUUUUUGUGAUUAUUUGAUUCUGUUAAUUAUUUUAGUUGCCAUUAAUUUAUACUACAAUUCUCGAUUGUUUUUGUUUAUCAUCUUUGGUAUCAAAUGAUGGAAACUUAUGUGGAGCGCACAAAGAUAGAUGAAGUGGUUCGAGUCUUCAAAAAUUAUGCCGCUAAAUCAGUUGAAAAGGUUAAGGAAAAUAGUUUAAAUGAAACUAAUGUUAAAAAGAAGAAAAUUAAUUUGCUUUCCGUUGAAGAACAAGAGGAUAAAUUCUUGCAGCUCGCUGGAUUCUCGAUGGAUGAUAAAAUGCAUUUACAAAUUACUUUAAAAGUUCCACCGACAAAUAUGACUACAUAUAUUCAUAAUUUUCGACCUGUGCCUCAUCCAUUUCAUGAUCUGGUUGAUGCGACAAUUUGUUUGAUUGUUAUUGAUAAAAGCCACCAGCCUUUAAAGGACAGAGAGCUAGAUUUACGUUUGACUCGAGAUUUUUACACACAAAAGCUGUUGACUGCUGGAGUUGAUGAAGAUUUAGUAAAACAUCGACUGUUCAUCUUGCCUAUGCGAGAAUUGUUGACUGAAUAUCGAUUACCUCAAAUGAAGCGACGCUUGGCUACAUCAUAUGAUGUUUUUCUUGCUGAUACCAGAUUGAUCAAGAAUAGAUUCAAAUUGUUACCCAGUUUCUUAGGACAAAAAUUUUGGGUUGAGAAGAAAAAAUUCCCAACUGGUGUGGUUCUCAAGCAUAAAGGAUCUUCUUUAAAACACUCAUUUGAAAGAGCUUUACGUACUGCUACCCUUUACAUGACAGGUCAUGGAGUUGACACCAGUAUUCAAUUUGGCGUGUUCAAGCAACCAGAGCAACACUUGGCCGACAAUUUAGAGUUUAUUUUGCGAAAUGUCUACAAAAUUUAUGGAAACUGUGUACAGAUAUUAAAGAUAAAAUCAAAAGCCUCGUUGGCCGUUCCAUUCUACGCUGAUUUAACAAAGCCAAUAAGCUCUCUAAAGAAAUUGAUUCCUCGCACUCCUAGACUUGAUUCAAAACCAAUUGACGAUGAACAUCCAUUUGUUGAAGGUGCUAAGUUGAUUGUUUAUCCAUCUGGUAAGACUAAACUGAAGAGAAAGGUUAACGACGAAAAUGACGCGAAAACUAAUGGCAAUGCUGAUGGUAAAUCUAAAGAAAAGACCAUCGAAAAUAAUUCAAAAAAAGUGAAAGCUGAAACGGUUUAGUUGUAUUGAUCUUUUUAAGCAUAAUUAAUAAAUUGGUUUUGUCUAAA